UCGUUCCGUUCAUUUUUAUUAAUAAAUUAUUGUAUAGUGGAAGGCGACAUAAUUUCUCAUACACAAAACAUAAGAUGUCAACAACCAUAGAUUUGGAAGAUCCGGAUUUUCUACUAGCUCGUCAGCUUCAAGACCAAUUCGAUCGUGAACUGGUGGAAGUAAGUUCGGAUGAAGACGGUAGUGAUGUGUUGGUUCUGGCCACCACCGAAGGACCGUCAUCGGUUCAUCAUAUCGAGCUCUCCGAUAAUGAGGACGAAGUUUUCCUCGUUGCUCAAAUUCCUAGCGAGACUCGCGCAGAAACAAAGCCAGUUCCUAUCAAAGAAGAACAGCAACCGGAAGAAAGUCUGUACCGGGCGCAACGAACCGAUCUGAAUGGAGAAGAGUACUUUAUCGAGGAACUGCAAACCUACGUUGAUCCGGAUAAUAAUUUCGAAUGGAAAUUCGUAGAAACAGUGCCCGAUAUAAAAGCAAUUUUCAUUCGCUUGGAUGAGAUGUUCUUCCUGGGUCGCUUUAAAACCAAGCGGUUUUCUGUAAUUUGGAGUCGCGCAAUCGGUAAGGAUUGCACUAGCAGAAACUUUAACGAUGCGGAUGGAAGGUAUACUAUAGCACUGAACGAGGAAUUACUAACGUUACGGCCUCGGAUAGAAAUAAUCAGUAUUUUACUGCACGAAAUGAUUCACGCCUUUUUGAAAUUGGAGGGCGUUAAAGAGCCUAAUCGUGGACAUGGCAGUAAUUUUCGAAAAAUCAUGGUAUUCCUUAAUCGGAUGUUGCAGACCAAUAUAUCUUUCAGUCACAAAUUAACCAAUAUUAACACUUUGUGCCGAACCCAAUGGUAUCGUUGCACAGGAAUCUGCAGUAAUUACAAGCCUUUCAAUGGAAUUGUACGGUCCACUGAAGGAGAACCAGGAAUACAAAACGAAUGGUGGAAAACUCAUGCAGAAGACUGUGGAGGGACGUUCUAUAAAAUCUACGAAAUGAGUAAAGUAGUGGAUGACGAAGUAUCAACACGUUAUGCUGUAAAUGUAAAAUACAUGAAGCCGAAGCGAGAAAACAUUCGUGGGCGUCUCAAGAUAACACAACCCGCGAAGGAAUCGAUCGAUUUGACCAGCGAUAAACCACGCGUAAUUCCUUCGCUAACUGAAACCAUUUCACUGGACGACGAAGUUCCUGCUGGUAGUGCCGAAGCAACUGAAGCGGCCGAUAAGUUCAUCCAAAGCUUCAAUCGAACGGUUGCCCUGUCCCGAGAUAAUUACGCAAUGCAGUGUCCUAUCUGCCAGGAAAGGAUAAAAAAGAAGCUCUUUGCGAAUCAUAUCGAUGGUUGCAUAGGAAUAGUCCAGCGCGUUAGCUGGAAGCGACAACCCGGUAAAGUGGUUCAGAAUGGAAUACUGGAGCAUCGCACUGGUUUGCACGUACAAGAAUCGCAGAACUUAAUCCGUGCUAGUACCGCUGACAGGCGGCUGGGCUCUACUUCCACCAUCGACGAUUACCAGCGGAUUAAGCGACAACGCUUUCUCUAGGUUGCCAUGUGUUUGUUUUGUUGUUCUAUAUGUUUUGUAAUGACAAACUUUCAUGUAUAC